CGAGACUAACAAGCCGUAUCUGCGAUAACGAAACACGAUGACGUGUGCUUCGCCGUAAGUGAAAGUAACUUAUUUAGUGGUAGGAGCAAUACAGGCAGGCCUUCAAUAUCGGCUGUAUGUUGUUUCGGCCGCAGUCUCUCGCGAGUUGUAGUUCGAUUUAGUUGGCUCCACGUACGUUCUAACCCGCUAAAGAUGUGCGGAAUUUUUGCAUAUAUUAACCAUCUUACGCCUAAGACCCGGCGAGAGAUAUUAGAACUUCUCGUCAAUGGAAUGAAACGGUUGGAAUAUCGCGGUUACGAUUCUGCUGGUGUGGCCAUCGAUGCCGCUGAUCAGAAGGAUAUAGCUGUGGUGAAGCGCAGUGGAAAAGUAGCUGCACUCGAAGAGCUGCUGCAGGAGCGCAGUCUUGAACUUUCUGUGGAAGAUUCUAUGGAAUCGCACUGCGGCAUCGCACAUACUCGCUGGGCUACUCAUGGUGAACCUAGCGCUCUCAACUCUCAUCCCCAGCGCUCUGGAGAAGACAAUGCUUUCGUCGUAAUCCACAAUGGUAUCAUAACAAACUUCAAAGAAGUUAAAACUUUCCUUUUAAAUAAGGGAUAUGUCUUUGAGUCUCAGACUGACACCGAGGCUAUUGCCAAGCUUAUUCACCACAUCUACAAUCAACACAAGGAUUACAGUUUCCAGGAACUAGUGGAACAGGUAAUUCAACAACUGGAAGGAGCUUUUGCUUUGUGCUUCAAAUCGCGCCAUUUCCCCCAUGAGUGUGUGGCCACCAGGCGUGGAAGCCCUCUACUGGUGGGCAUCAAGACGCGUCGCCGGCUUUCUAGUGACCAUGUCCCUAUCAUGUAUACCAACAAUAAGGCUACCCGUGGUGUUGUACCCUCUGUACCCCGGGUCAACAGCCACUCCCACUUCCAGCCUGAGGAGGAACGGGAUGUCGAGUAUUUCUUUGCCUCUGAUGCUUCUGCUGUCAUCGAACACACAAAUAGAGUGUUGUAUUUUGAAGAUGAUGAUGUUGCCCACAUCAAGGGCGGUGUUCUUAGCAUUCACCGUAUGUCAGGCAGUAGUAAUGAUCCCCAUCAACGAGAGAUUUUGACAUUGAAAUUAGAGCUGCAACAGAUUAUGAAGGGUAACUAUGAUUACUUUAUGCAGAAGGAAAUCUUUGAACAGCCUGAAUCUAUUGUGAACACUAUGCGAGGUCGCCUUAACUUUAUUGAUGGUGCAGUGACUCUGGGAGGCAUUAAAGAUUAUAUACCAGAAAUCAAACGCUGUAGAAGGCUUAUGUUGAUUGGAUGUGGUACGAGUUACCAUAGUGCUGUGGCCACUCGCCAGCUGCUUGAGGAGUUGACAGAGCUUCCUGUGAUGGUAGAGUUGGCUUCCGAUUUCUUGGACAGGAAUACACCUGUCUUUCGUGACGACGUUUGCUUCUUUAUUUCACAAUCAGGAGAGACAGCAGAUACCCUGAUGGCACUACGUUAUUGCAAGCGUCAUGGCGCCUUAAUUGUAGGGAUCACUAAUACUGUAGGAAGUUCGAUCUGUCGGGAAUCGCACUGCGGUGUACACAUCAACGCGGGUCCCGAAAUUGGUGUCGCUUCUACAAAGGCAUACACGUCGCAAUUUGUUUCCUUGGUUAUGUUCGCAUUAGUAAUAAGCGAAGACCGUAUUUCGUUACAAAAGAGACGCGCCGACAUCAUUGAAGGUCUUCACCAGUUGGAUACUAAAAUCCGACAAGUACUGGCUCUCGAUAGUGAAGUUAAGGCACUUGCUGAAGAUCUUUACCGCCAGCGAUCCUUGCUCAUUAUGGGUCGAGGUUACAACUUCGCAACUUGUCUCGAAGGAGCUUUAAAAGUUAAGGAAUUGACUUAUAUGCACAGCGAGGGUAUAAUGGCAGGAGAGUUGAAACACGGUCCCUUAGCUCUCGUUGAUGACUCUAUGCCGGUGAUGAUGAUUGUAAUGCGCGACCCUGUUUACGUUAAGUGUAUGAACGCGCUGCAGCAAGUGAACGCACGGCAAUGUCGCCCCAUCGUCAUUUGCGAAGAAGGAGACAAGGACACUAUGGCAUUCGCCUCUCGCUGUAUCCAGUUGCCAAAAACAGUUGAUUGCUUGCAAGGAGUCCUUACUGUUAUACCGAUGCAAUUGUUGGCGUAUCACAUUGCUGUCCUGCGCGGUUGUAACGUCGAUUGCCCACGAAACCUGGCUAAAUCUGUUACUGUAGAAUAAAUACUCGUUGAAAAUAUGGGCUGACUUACACCCGAUCUCAAAUUUGUGUAUUGUAUUAACACAAUGUACGUGCAUGCUGGAUACAACACUCGCGAUUAAUUAAUUAAUUGCUGAUAGAUCGAACUAAUUGAAGUCUUACAGCUUGCAAUUCAAGAUAGUUUCAACGACAGUUAAUUAUGUACUAACUGUGUACGAAGGAAGCGAUGCGUUGACUCUACGACAAUACGAUAUUUUUAUGUAAUCAUUUUGUGUUGCUUUCCCUUUCGUCUCGCCGUACAUAACUCCAUGUACGCUAUAUACUCUUGCAACUUACAUAGUCUACAAGUUUCUAGAAUACCAAUUGCCUACAUUCCGACAUCUUUAUUUAUUUGGUAAACUAUCCACUUAAUAACAUUCCACUACCUUGUCUUGAGUUGCAUUAUGUACUUAUUAUAAUAAUUUUUUAAAUUGUAAAUCAAGGUCGGGCCGUUUGCUUGAAUUCCUUUACUAAUGCCAUGCAUUUUGUAUUCAACACUUCACUCUCUGUCCUUGUUUAUGUUGGGGACUUAAAAUGAACUAUUGUUCAAUGUUAUAUUAAAGGUGAAGCAUUGUGAGGAAAAGGUUACAAUAUCAUAUGUAUUAAUAUUAUGUUUAGGAUAUUGCGCUGUUCUAUACCCAUAAUGAUAUGGAACAUUCCUAAAAUAUUGAACUCCGGACCUAUUACGUAACAAGGCGUGUUGUAUUUUAUUGCUAUUAUUAAAUUAAUGUUUUAAUCCAAACGUAUACUCAAUGAUCGCACAAUACUUAAUGAAUUUUUAAUCGGAAUUUAGUAAUUUUAAAAUAUUUUGAACUAUUAUUAUAAAUAGAUAUAUAAAUUUGAUUUUUAUCAGAUAGGCUUUCAAGGAAUCAUAAGUGACUUAAGAGGUGUGUCUGAAUGACACAUAAUACCGAAUGAAAUUUAAGAAAUUAUUUUUGUAGUAUAUUGUAGAUUGUAUUGUCUUGUACAAUUUAAGGGAUGUUGCUUUAAAUUCUAUUAAGUAGGGCCAUGCCCUAAGGUUAUUUGUUAUGAAAAUUAUUUUUAACAAAUCUCAAUAAAUUCAAAAUUAUUGGAAUAAAUUUGAACGACAUCGCAAGCAUCAGUAAUAGAGCUAGCUAACUUUCAAUAUUUUAACACUAAGUUUUAAUUUUAAGAAUCGUGUUAAAAACAGCAUAACCUGAUAUAAUUUAUGGAGAAUGGCACAUCAGACUACACAUUUUUGUUCGAAAAUCGCCUCCAGUGCAACGGAACAAGAUACGUCAAUGUGUAGCUUGAUGUGCUGGUGUGUGUACAUUAAUUUCGAACCGCGUUAUCUAUGUACGUAAAUCACAUCAAAUCUGUACUUAUCAUCGGUAGUAUUUAAAAACAAGGAACUUAGCGAUAAGUGUCGCUUACAUGAACGAUGUAAUCAAUUAAUCUCCGCCGUUAAUGUACGUUUCAGUUUGUCUACAAUUGAAUUAUUUUAAGCCUUAUCAAAUUGAAGUACUUUAUCUAUCUCUUACCCUUCAAGUGCAAUAGUUUUAAUAAUUUAAUUAAAGUAAUUUCCUUAAACAUAAUUAUCUGGGCAAUUUUUAAUGGAAUUUUCCCUAAGCUGAUCCCUAGUCAAAACAAAAUGUUGGCUUAGGUUUUAAUAUUCAUUUAUUUCGAAGUAAUAGAAGAAACUUAAUGUAUUACAAAGUAACAUCACAUUUACUUGUACUGUUUAAAUGUGUUUUUUUUUGUUUUCGAAAUAUACGAAUUUAAUUUUGUACAUACAUAUACAAUGUAAGAAAAAUAAAAAGUUGCAACUAUAUAUACAUCUGUACAACAGAUUACAAGGAACUUAAUGUAAAGCUUUUCAUUAUAAAUUAUGUGUAUUAUGUUGAAGAGUUGUUAAUUAUGAAUAUAUCCACA